UUGUCAAGUAAGUCUCGUUUCGUGUUUGUUUACAAAUUAAGUUAGGUUAUCGGCAAGUUAAAUUCAAGGGCCUGGCCCUAAAAUUAAUAAGAACAAAAAUGGGUCUCUUAACCGAUCCAAGUGCAGGUCAUGGCAAAGCAAUUAAACUUCUGUUAAAAUACUAUCCAAAACUAUGUGUCUUUUUGUAUGUGGUUGGAAUUGCAUACUUUUGCAUCCUAGCCUCACCACAAUUCAAUGGGGCUACAUACUUUUCUGAAAACGCCCUUUUACCUGGUUUAGUCAAGUCUGAGUUUCGUGAUGAACCAGCAGCCAAACAAUAUCAUGCGGAAUUACUGGAUGAAAUGAAAAAGUAUGAGGAUUCCUUACCUUACUCAUGGCUGCUUGCUAAGUUUCAACAAAUUGGGCUGGACACUUAUACGCACAACUUCUCAUUGAAUUAUCCACUGGGGAAAGGACAGAAAUUCCCAGGAAAAAAUGUUUAUGGCAUUAUUCGAGCUCCCAGAGCAGCCAGUACUGAAGCUCUUGUUUUAACUGUUCCAUAUCGUCCGAAAACUAGUGUUCAUCCGACUACAGUUCCUUCCAUUGCUAUAAUGUUAGCUUUUGCCAAGUUUGCAAUCAAAGAGAAAUAUUGGGCAAAAGAUCUCAUCCUGCUCAUAACUGAACAUGAACAGCUUGGAAUGCAAGCCUGGCUAGAAGCAUAUCAUGGAGUAUCAUGCGGAACUUCCGGUGUAUUAGACUCUGGUGAUAUGAAAGGAAGAGCUGGAUCUAUUCAAGCUGCUAUUAAUUUGGAGUUUCAUGAUGUUGACAUAAGUAAAAUUGAUAUAAAAAUCGAAGGAUUAAAUGGACAACUACCCAAUUUAGAUUUAUUCAAUCUUGCAAACAAAAUGUGUAUGAAGGAAGGUCUUGAAGUGACUUUUAAAAAUCGCGCUGCUGAUAAAGUGCGCACCCCGUUUAAAGAUUGGAGUGUUUCAUGGCGAUUUAUUUCAUCUUUGCCGAAAAAAUUAAGAAUAUUUUAUAAAGAGUGGAAAUAUUCGUUUGUCACUUUGAUGAAUAUGGUGUCUACACAAGCUACUGGUACUCCGAAUGGAAAUCAUGGCCUUUUCUACCGUUUUGCCAUCCAAGCCUUAACUCUCGAAGGUUUUGGCCCUACAAAUUCCAAACAACCACGAGCUAGCUUUUACACCAUGGGCAGAAUCCUUGAGGGAACCUUCCGGAGUUUAAACAAUCUUCUAGAACGUUUCCAUCAGUCUUUCUUCUUUUAUUUAUUACCAGCUCAUCAUAGAUACAUAUCCAUUGGACUUUACAUCCCGGCUUUAGCCUUAUUAAUAGCAACUUUAUACAUAAAAGGUUAUGCUAAAUGGUGCCAACUACAUGAGACUUAUUCAAUUGAAGCAGAAGUAAAUUCAGAAAAUGUGGACACCGCCAAGAAAAUUGUAAACAAACCAUCAGAAACAAAAAGUAUUGAAGAAUGGAAGAAAGAUUUUGAAAACGAAUGCAACAACGGUAUAAACGAGGAAAAUCAUGGUUAUGGUCGCAUGUGGAUUGUUUUCUUGAUUUUCCACGCUUUAGGAUUCUGCGUGCCGUUUAUCCCACAGAAAGCAGUAGAAAUCGGUGCACAAUUUGGUUACCAGCUAGAUAUUUCCAUUUUAAUCGCCUUGUCAAUAAUAUCAAUCAUUCCGAUAGUCUUACCUCUAGUCAUAAGAAUUCCACAUCAAAUGAGCAUGACAUUUUUGAAUAUUGUUCUGCUUAUGGAAUUCGCUAUUGCGCUCAAUUGGAUUGCGAUGUUUAACAUUUCUUUAGCGAUGUUUUUAGGUGCGAUUUACAUUCCGCUUGCAUUGCUGAUUAAUCCCAGCACAUGUAAACGGUGUACAAUAACACAGAAAUUGAUCUGGUUGCUUGCGCAUCCGGCAGUUGUAGCAUUCUGCACUGUAAUGAUUUAUACGUAUGUUUCAUUUCCGAAUGAUUCUAUCAAAGAGAAUUUAGGACGUUCUUAUAUGUCAUUACAAAAGGCAUUGCGGUUUAGUAUUGAAGACUAUUUGAUUUAUGGCAAUAAUUUGUUUUCAAUUGCAACUUGUAUUAUUUUCCCGAUUUGGUCUUGUUUUUGGUUUGUGACGUUCACACCUCUACAACAAGAAAGUCAAGAAAACAUAGGGAAAGAAAAGAAGCAGCAAUAAAUUAAAUUGUUACUUAUUUGUUUUUUGUAUCGCUUUUUAUGCGAAAAUAAAGUCCUAAGUGUGGA